AGUGGAAGUUAGUCGUUUUCGGUAUUUUUGUUUAUUUUCAAUUAAUCUUUUUUUUUUUUGACGAGCCUCAAUUAGUUUUUUGAUUAUUUAUAAUUGAAUUUAAUUAAAAUUUUGAAAUAUUCGUACACAUGGCAAACGCGGGUUUAAUACAAUUUAGAAAUUGUCGACUAAUUCGCGACCACCAAUUGAUUCGCGACGAUUUGUGGAUACGCAAUGGCAAAAUCAUAAAUCCGGAGCCGGUGUUUUUCGACGAGAAAGUGGAGGCAGUGAAGCAAAUUGAUUGCGGGGAUGCGAUUAUAGCAGCCGGGUACAUUGACCUCCAAAUAAACGGUGGUUACGGUGUUGAUUUUUCUCAUGAUGUGGAAACUGUAGAGGAAGGGAUUAAUAAAGUAGCUCGAGGUCUUAUUACCAAUGGUGUUACUUCCUUCUGUCCAACAUUAGUCACAUCACCAGUAGAACACUAUAAAAAAAUACUGCCAAAAAUUCCGAAUAAAACUGAAGGAGCUGGUAUUUUAGGUAUGCAUUUGGAAGGACCUUUCAUUAACCCCAAAAAGAAAGGUGCACAUCCAGAACAAUGUAUUAAAAAUCUAGAAAAGGGCAUUGACAGUAUACUCGAAGCUUAUGGUUCUUUCAAUAAUGUUAAGAUCAUUACAUUAGCACCAGAAAUAGAUGCAACAGGUGAGGUAACACGUGCGCUUACAAAUCGUGGAAUUACGGUAGCUUUGGGUCACUCCAUGGCAAAUCUAUCGGAUGGCGAGAAAGCUGCACAAAAUGGUGCUACAUUAAUAACACAUCUUUUUAAUGCUAUGCUGCCAUUUCAUCAUCGUGACCCUGGCUUAGUUGGUCUGCUGGCUUCAGACGGUCUACCUUCCGAACAAGUUAUUUAUUUUGGUAUUAUAUCUGAUGGUGUACAUACGCAUCCAGCCGCCUUACGUAUUGCACAUCGCACUCAUCCUGAUGGUUUAAUAUUGGUGACAGAUGCUAUAUCAGCUUUGGGUCUUGAAGAAGGUAUACAUCAUAUUGGCGAACUUGAGUUAGAAGUAAGAGAUGGAAAAGCAUUUAUUGCUAAUACUAACACAUUAUGUGGCAGCAUUGCACCAAUGGAUGAAUGUGUGCGAAUAUUUAAAAAAGUAACAGGUUGCUCAACGGUUUAUGCUAUUGAGACGGCCACUUUACAUCCUGCUAAGUGUCUUAAAAUUGAGCAUAUAAAAGGUACACUGGACUUUGGCUCUGAUGCUGAUUUUAUUCUAAUGGAUGAUGAUUUACAUGUAUUGUCGACAUGGAUCGCUGGAGAAUGUGUUCACAAAUCAACUAAAUAAUACAUAAUGUAAAUGUGUUUUAUUAGUUUUUAUUUUUAUAAUUA